AGAAGUCAACGUUCAGUCUGGUUUUCACACAGAACCACAGGAACAACAGGAACUUGAAAGAUGAAUUCCCUGCAAGGAUCCCUCGUCCUCCUCCUGCUGGCUGGCGUUCUGCUCCGUGCUCAGGCGGGUCUCUUUGACUGCGAGGACAAGAUACCCGGACUGAGCGAGGUGGGCGACAAGAUCUCCGAGGUGACCGGCAGCAGCAGCAGCUCCGAGCAUGAGGUUCGAGAUUUCUUCAAGAACGUGGGCUGUCACAUCAAGGAGGGCGCCAAGAAGCUGGGCGAGAAGGCCAAGGAUUUGGGCGCCGAGCUGAAGGAGGGCGCCCAGAAGCUGGGCGAGAAGGCCAAGGUGCUGGGCAGCGAUCUCAAGGAUCGCUUUGAUGACUUCCGCGACAAGCUGGCCAAGGACUCGGCAGAGGAGAUGAGCAAGGAUCGCGGCUUCUUGGCCAAUGUGGAGAUCAUCAAUCCGGACAUCCUCAAGGGCGAGCAGCAGUGCGGCCAUGGACACAUCCUGGAUGCCUUGGGCAACUGCAGCAAGUUGAGGAAGUAGUCCUUGAAAAAUCCAACCCCCCUUGUCCUGUAAAUAUUUAAGUUUUUUUUUUUUUUUUUGUUCUCUUGAUUUCCUUCCAUGUGCUUUUUUUUGUGUAAAUAAAAAAUGAAAG